AUGCGGGGAUCGACGCAGCGACGAGACGUUUGCACCGAUCAGACUCCCUACGACUUUGAGAAUGAGUACGACACUUGGCGGCUCAAAAAACCCAGACUGAAGUCUCAGCGACUCUCAUGAAAAGCCAACAACUUCAUCUAGAUACGACGUGAGCGUCGAUCCUCGCGGCCACGUCUUCUGGAUUUGGUCGGCGACUGUCUCCGCGGCCUGCUUCUACAACAUGAUCCUCUUCUCGCUGUUCGUGUUCGAUGACGUGCGCGACUCUUUCGCCCACACCUGGAUGUACGUCAACCUGGUCGCCGACGCCGUCUUUCUCUGCGAUCUCGCUAUCCAAUCUCAUCUCGGUACGCCUAACUAUACGGAUGUUAUCUGUUCUUUUACUGAUAGGUUGAUAGACUGGGUUUACUUUGAAAAGAGGCAGGAAUCUAUAUCCUCUACGCGUCUCGAUCAAAAGGCUGAUCUCUAAAUCUAGGAACCCUAUGGAAGCAUUUAAAAAUAGGUUGGCUCAAAUUGGUUCAUGUUUUAAGUGUGCAUCAAAUCGCAUAAAACGCAAAAAGCAUAAAAAAGGUUAUCAAUUGUCUCACAUGUACAUUCAAGCUGUUUUGACAAAAGUUAAGAGUGAUUUGGCGCAGAAAUAAAACUAAAAGAGAUCAUUACUGAACGGCAGUCUUAUGGUAAAUUUUCUCAGCGUUCUACGAGCAAGGCGUUUUGGUAACGGAUUCAGUUGAAACGCGUCAGAAUUACCUGCACAGGUAAAUUAUGUGAGACCUGCAUAAUAAACCUCGUUUAUAGUUCAAAUUUCUUUGUCGAUCUGAUUUCUAUUCUGCCCCUCGACCUGCUUGGCGCCGUGAAUGCCAACCCAAGGAUCUUCAGGUUCAUUCCGAUUCAGGCAGAAAUAUCGGACUUUGGCAGAUGCAACCGCUUCCUCAAGGUCUACCGGAUAAAUCAGUUGAUCGACUUGUCCUUCGCACGGAUGCAGCAAGUCAGCAUUUCCCUGUCCCGCGUCGUCGUCGUCUGUUUCCUUCUUUUCCACUGGAACGCUUGCGUCUUCUUCAUCAUCAGUGUUAACAGUGACGCUUCACGUUGGAGAGGUUCGAUCAUUUUCACAACAUAUUCAUCAUUCGCUCUGAAAGAAUAAUCAUAAAGUCAAAUUUUUUUUCUUCGAAGACAUUGUUAAAAAUUUGAAUCGAUAAAAAGAAAUCCUCAAUAACGAGCAUGAUAAAAAGCAAGGUUUAAAAAGCAAAUUUUGAGUUGGCAAAAGUUUGUUCUUUUAUGAUUAAUUUGUUAAGUCCCUUCAAAUUGUUGAUCUUUCAGGUUUUAACGCGACGUUCGAUGACGAUGUGAUGCUUCCUUGGCCAUACAUAAAGGAGAAAAUCACGGAUGUCUAUCUGAUGGCUUGCUCUAAUAAGGUUAUUUUCCGAGACAAUCCAAACAAAACCAAAGAAAAACUUCAGGAAGGCUGCCAAAACGAAGCGUUUUAUUUUGACGAAGAGCGCGAAGCUCAUCUGCUAGAACUGCAUCAUCACUGGUUUAGUAGGAACAGGUUGAAAUUGAGAAAGUUCAGUCUCAAUGAGCCAAAUCAGGACAAAACACAUUCCUUUUUCCAACUUUGUCAAGGAGUACACUGUAUCGAUGUACUGGUCGGCAAUGACGAUGACGACUCUUGGAGAGCAGGUUCGUCGUUCCCCAGUUUUUCCCAGCUGAGAUCUUCAGCCGUCUCCCGACACGAGCAUCCAGAAUCUCUUCGAAGUCCUCAACACCAUCGUCGGUCUUCUGUUGUUCGCCGGCAUCAUGGGAAGUGUGGGAGACCUAGUCGCCAACGCCAACAAGGUCAAGGCAGGCUGGCAGACGUUGAUGGACGUCUUGAAGCAGUUCAUGGCCUAUCGGUGAGUCUUUUUCCUUUUCAAAUGAAAAAGAAACGAUUGUCAGGGAUCUGAACAGUGAACUGCAAGGCCGAGUUCUAAAGUAUUGUGCCUACGAGAUGGCCGAAGAAACUAUUCUGACGGAAGCAGAAGUUCGAGAACUGCUUCCGACCAAACUCUACACGCAGUUGAACGCCUCGCUCAUCGACAAGAGCUUGCUCAAGUCUCCGAUUUUUCGGGUGAAACCAAAAUUCAUACACUGAUGAAAGCUUUCAUUUCACUAUAUCAAGUCGUAUCUGAUAAAAGUAUGAUAUCGCAUAGAAAAUCGAGCUUAGCUGAAAACUCUCCAUGCAAAUUCGAAUACCGGCUUUUUUGAAUUUUGAUUUUUCAAUGGUUAGAUCUUCCCUUUUUUGGCAUUAAAGAUAAGUUUUCUCGAAACCUCACAAGAAAGGUCAUUUUUGGGAGGACCUUAAUUUGGCUCUUCAAGUGAUACUCUGACACAUUUUUUAAAAUGGCCUUUCUUGCCAAAGCUCUCCUAUCUAAACAUGUAGCCUGUUCUUUUCGUUGAACUUUUUAAAGUAAAUCGGAUAAUAACCAAGGUUUAUUUCCCGGUCUGACUACCGGAGGUUCGAGCACUAAUAUUUUCAAUGAUUUGAGGUCUCCGAGCGGAGUUUUGUUCGUGAGAUCAGUGAGCACCUUGUUCCGCGUUAUUUCAGCCCAGGCGAAGUUAUCGUUGAGAGCGGGCAACUCAACACGGUAAUAUUUUACAAAGCUCCGUAAAACAUGUAGUCAGUUCUUUAUAUCAAACUCUACACAGUAAGAGCGAUUUGAAAUGAAAUUUCAAAUGACUUUUCCGAAUAAUUGAGUUGAUGAGCUCCAGGAAAUGCUGGUAGUGGUGAGCGGAAGCGUGGCGACGUGCGUGGCUCAGGAAUUCGUCGACUACGGCGAAGGAGCCAUCAUCGGAGACGUGAACAUGGUCUGGUUCGCCGACCAUUUGCACGAAAACCGCCGUCAAAGCCCCGUCAUAUCCACUUCUUUUUCUCAGGUUUUCAUCUUUCGAAACAAAAAGGCGCCUCAACCCUCCUGUAUUUCUUAAAUACCAAAAAUGUUAAGGUCCAAGUGCUCCACCGAGACGAUUUUGUGAGGAUCUUAGAAGAUCACGGCAGCUUCAAGCAAAGGAUUUAUCGUGUUGGUUAGUUGCUCUUCAAAGGAAAAGAAAACUUUUCUGGCAGCACACCAAUUGCAAAGACAACACCAAGAACUUCCCAGUGACGUCAUUCUUCCAAUUGAAGUUGAGCCACUGGAAAAAUCUCUGAAAAACGUUCAGAACUUUGUUUUGAAAUUCGAAGUUGAGCUGAGAAAAAUGGAAACAAGAUUUUGGGUUAGUUCUCCUCUUUUUUCUUAAUACUUUCAAAAAAAAAGUUGAGAAUGUUUUUGAUUACAGAAGUCAUCGGCGAAAAUGAAAAAGCGUCUCUUCGAUCUGGAGCUGGAAGUGUGCGAGAGGCUUGAACAAGCCCGUAACGAAAUCAUUAGGUGCGGAUCCUGA